ACUGGACUUGGUUUUUCCAUGAAAAGUGAAAUAACUAUUGACAUUGAAUUUGGUACCUGGAAUCGGCACCUGGAUUGGACUCAGAACUGGAUGAUUGCUGGUCCUCUAUUUCAUAUCAGAGUAGAUCCUGGGGUUGUGACUUCUGUACAUCUCCCUCAUUUUGUGGACCUCCAAGGAGGAAAAUUUGAUGUCUCCUUGUUUAAAAUUGCUAAAGAGGGUAUGGUCCUGGAGAAUACAACAAGAGUGGAGUCAUCCCAUGCUAUCCUGAAAAACCCUAGCUUCUCCUCCAUGGGUGUUCUGCUGAGAAUUAUGCAUUCUACCUUUAAAUUCAUUCCCAUUUAUUCUACUACUCCGAUAUACUGCCAUCUCAGGGCUGAGGACAUCACAUUCCACUUGUAUCUGAUCAGUGACUGUACAAUAAGGAAGGCUAUAGAUGAAGAAGAAGCAAAGUUCCACUUUUCAUGCUUGCAUAAACCAUUUCCAGUAACCCCACUCUACACUGGCUCUCGUUUCUUAGUAUCUGGAUCAAAACACUUGGAAAUAAUGCAUGGAGAACAAGAACUCUAUUACCGGAGUGCUGGGGAGUGUCAGGUUUUCUCUGAGAUUUACUCCAGCAAUGUGAAGGAGAAAAACAGUUUGGAUUUGAGAAACCCAAAUGUAACACUGGUCUGGGGGCAAUUGCAAGAUCAGGAGAUCUCGAACGUGUUUGUGCCCCAGUCUCUCCAGCUCCCACAAGACUUCACUUUGUUGACCAACACAGGGAUCAGAUCAUUUCUCGGGUAA